GCCACGAGCACAUAACACUUCUCCCUUUUCCUCGGUGAGUCCGGACUCGUCCCCUGCUGCUUCAAGCGAAAGAAUCUGUGGAUCAAUUCGAGAAAUUUCCGAGCAAGCUGAACCCUCCAUUCUCCAACCCCAAUCCCUCCAUAAUGAAGAUAGCUUGGGGUAAGAAUACCAAGGUGAAGAGGCAGCCGGUGGUAGUGUCAACUAAACCCGGCCUACCAUUUGGAGCGGAGAGUGACACCGAUGAGGCUGAAAAGGAGGAAAGAGCAGAGGCAGAUCCAAAUUCUCAUGGAUUGAAGCCACUUGACACCGCUGAGUCGCUCCAGCACCAGGGAGACAAAUUAGCUGAGGAAGGGAAGUACCAUGAAGCACUUGGCAAGUGGGAGGCUGCACUUACCUUGACACCUGAUAAUGCAGUACUCCACGAGCAGAAAUCUCAGGUUUUACUUGAAAUGGGAGAUGCAUGGCGUGCACUGACAGCAGCAGCCAGAGCGACAGAACUGGAUCCAUUAUGGCCUGAGGCUUGGGUGACACUUGGUAGAGCACAGUUAAAUUUUGGGGAGCCAGAUUCUGCUAUAUUAUCUUUCGACAAGGCAUUAGUAAUCAAGCCCGACUACAAUGAAGCAAAAGCUGACCGCGUAACUGCAGCCCGUCUUGUUAAGAAACGAGGGCAGCUGCAUACAUCAGGUCUGAGCGCUAACAAGAGACGGUUCACGGUUGGAGAGAACUCAGAGAAGGGUGGAGAGGAUGAAGAAAAAGGGGAGGAAACGGAUGUACAAUCUAGUUAGCCUGCUAUCCGUUGUAUUUCACCCCGGCCCUAGUACUGUAGGAUUGACACAAUUGAGGGAGCACACGUAAGGAUAUCUGGAUUCUGCCCCGUUUUCGCAUGUCAGGGUUCUGAGCUUGGUUGCGCAGAAGUUUUGUGCCGCUCUCUGAAACUAUGUUAGAGGUCGAACUGUAGAGGUCUAGAAGGGGAGUGCUCUGAAGCUACGUGUGGUGGUUCCCGUGCAAAGGAAAAUUGAUUAUAUGUCAUAAAGUUGAUCAACUUUAUGUUCUAAGUUGAUCAAUAUUUGGUUAUAUAUUUCAUGGGGACUAGUUUGUAAUAACUUCGUUUAAAUUAGGUAUUGCAAUUGCCUU